AUGAAAAAAAUAUUUUUUUGUCUUGUACUGCUAAUUACAAAAUCAGUAACGCUUUAUUGUAAAGAUAGUUAUAAUGAACAACACAAUGUAACUUUUAAUGUGAAAAAUUUGCCUAAUGAAUGCAUAUGGGAAAAUGGAUUUAUGAAAAUUUGUUUUUAUGAUUACACUAUAAACCAGUAUGGAAAUAAUUGUUUAUCAAGAAUAUUAAAACAGGAUGAUAGCAAUUAUAAUGACGAUAAUGGUGGAGAGGACAAUAAUUCAUCUGAUAGUGAUGACUCAGAUGAAGACGAAGACAGUGACGAAGAGAAUGACGAAAAUAAUUUUGAAGUACCUAUUAAUUGCAAGGAUGGCGAAUGUCUGAAUUCCAUGGAUGAUAUUAAUAAAAUAAUUGAUAAUAAAAAAAAUAAAAUAAAAAAUCGAAAGAAAAGAGGAAAAGCUAUACAGAUUAUAAAACCAAAUGUAAAUCAUACAGAAUUAAUAAUUAUUGAAGAAAAUUUAGAAAUUUUAAAAAGUAUAGAGAAACCAAUAGCUAUUGUGUCAGUUUUGGGAGACAUGCACACAGGAAAAUCUUUUUUAUUGAAUUUAUUGAACGAACAUGUAAUCAGUGACAUUAGUAAGAGCGAAAAAAAUAUUGAAAAUGGUUUCAAGGUAGGUAAUGACAUAACUGCUAGUACUUAUGGAAUAUGGAUAUGGUCAGAACCAAUUAAAAUAACUGUUGGAAAAUUAAGAAAAAUGUAUGAAUAUAUUGAUAAGAAUUUUACAAAUUUUGUAAAAAGUUAUGAAUAUGAAAAGGAUGAAUAUAAUGAAGAAAUUAUAGAUUUACUAAAUUUGUACAAGACAGAUGAUUGGAUAUCCAAAAUAGAUGAAUUAAAUUUAUCAGAAUCAGAAGAAGUUAAUCUUAUCUUGAUGGAUACACAAGGUUUAAAUAGUCCCAAUGUGAAUAAACGAUAUGAUGAAAUAUUAUACGCUUUAACCAAUUUAAUAUCCACCGAUAUUAUAUUCCUUACAAUGAAAAUGAUAAAUAAUAAAGAUUUGGAAUUUAUUGAAAGCAUAACAAAAGAUGCAAAUUUAUUUAUGCUAAGAGCUUAUACACGUUCCAACGGUUCUACGUUUUCAAUUAAAAAAAACAAUUUUGAUAAAAUAUUAGAUCAUAUGGAUAAUAUAGAAAAUAAUUCACUAAUUUUAGAAAGCAUUGCUUCGAAAAAUUUAAUGUGGGUUGUUCAUGAUUUUAGUCAACGUUUAGAUGUAAGAAAAGGAAAGUUAUGGCUGGAUAUUUUGUUAAACUCUGAUAGAAGAGACUUGGAUAUUAAGUAUUGGAAAAAAAUAAUAUCUAAUAAGAGUAAAGAAAAAUAUGAUGCUUACACAACUAAGCAAAAAAAAAUCGCAUACCUGACAUAUACAGAUAAUGGUCGUAGUAACAAUGCUGAAGGAAAAGAUGCAAAUGGUCAAAAUGAAACGUCCACAAACUACAAAUUGAACGUGCUUUAUAAAAAUAUCGAUUGUGUUUUGUUAAGAAAUAUGUACAAUAACAAAGAACUCGAUUUUACAAAUGCAAAUAUGAGAGACCUAAAUGAUGAGUAUAAAAACGAUGUAAUAUUACUAAGGUAUAAAAUUUACCUAAGAGCUUUAUUAUACCCCAAAAAAAUGUAUUCAAAUGUUCAGAUGAAUUACAUAAUGAGUAAAAUAAAGAAAGAACAGCAAAUGCGUAAUCAGAAGGAAGAAAAGGGUGGAGAAACAAAAAAGUCAUCAACUAAUGUUGAUGGACAUAGCAACAAUAACAACAAUAAUAAUAAUAAUUAUGUUUCUGAAAUAAGUAACAGAUACAUGUCAGGACAUGAUGUAUAUGACUUUAUCACCUUUUUAGUUAGAUCAGCUAACCAAAAUUUAUUCACAAAUGUAAAUCAGUUUUUUAAACAAUUCAAAAUUAAUAGAGCAGAAAUAAGUAGAAACGAUUUAAUAUUUUUAUACAAAAAAUAUUUACUACAAUUUAUGGAGAAUGAAGAUGUCGAAUUCAUUAGCUAUUUAAAUGAUGAACAUGAUGAUAUGUCAAACAGUUUUGGAAAUAAAUUAAAUACACAUGAGAGGAAAAGCACUUUUGAAGAAGAAGAAUUAUUUAGUGAGGAUUUUAUGGAAGAAGAAAAAACAACUGAAGAGAGAACUGAAAUUUAUAAGCUUCCACCUCUACUCAAUGAAAUUGGAAAAUAUGAAGAACUAAUUCGAGAACAAAUAUUAAACAUUUGGUAUAAAUACACAGAAAGUGAUUUUCAUGAUGAUGAAGAAAAAGAACUAAUUAAAGAUAUUGAAACGAAUUUGUAUGAAAGACUAGAUCAAAUAAAGAAUGAAAUGAUCGAAUUAGGAGAAACGAAUAUUCGAAAAUUUUGUAAAAUUGCAUGUGAAGAUGCUUUACAAAUUGUUGUGGAAGACAUAAAAAUGAAAAGCGAUCAAUAUCCUAUUAAACAGAAAGAUUUGAUGAACUUUUUCGAAUCUGUUAGUUAUAACUUGUUGAAAUAUUUAGAAAAAAAAUUAUCCAAAAAUUCAGAAAAAUUAGAUUUGAUAUAUUAUAAGGAUGAAAUUUGUAGCCCUUUAAUUAAUAGUACUUUUCAAGAAUUCUACUAUUUAAAGAAAAAAAAUAUUACGUUAAAUGAAAAUCGAUUAAAAUCUCAUUUUGCCAAUGCAGUAUCGAAGGGGAAGGAAGUUUUUGAAAUAUCUGCAGAAAGUACUGAUAAUAUAACUGAAUAUUUUAAAAGCAAAAAUUUAUUUUACGCUAUUUUGGAUAAAUGGAAUGCAGAAGCUGUGAAUGUGUAUAUGACUACAUUGAGCGAUUUUGCAAAAGAAGAAAAAGAAAUUAAUGAAGAAUUUUUAGUUAUAUUAGACAACGAUAUAAAAGUUCUAAAACAAAAUGCCAUGGAAAAAUGGCACAGCCAUUGUAAGGAUAAAACUAGUGCUUUGUUUAACAUGCAUAAAGGUAAUUUAAAAAAAAAUUUCCUUGAAAAUUUUAAUUUCCCUUUGGAUGAAUUAGUGUUGCAAGAUAUUUUUCUUAGUCUGAAAGGACAAGAAGAAUUAAAGUACAUGGAUAUAUAUUGCUCCAAUGAAGAAUCCUGGAAUGGAGAAUAUAAAAAGUUUUUAGAAUUAACAGAUGAAGUAUAUAAAUUUAUAAAAGAUGAAAACUUAAAAGCAAUUCAGAUAACAUGCCAACAGCCACUGGAUGAUUUAAAAAAUGGAAUAAAAAAUGAAAUACAUAAUUACUACCUUUGGAGAUCAUUAAAGAACGAAUUAUACAAUAGAGCACUUGUUGUACUUUCAAAUAAUAUUGAAAAUAUAUACUUAAAAAAUCAACGAGAAAAUAAAAUACAAGCCUCUAUAGAAGAAAAAUUAAGCACAAAGAAUACACAUUAUCGAAAAAUUUCAAAAGAAUUAAUGAGUAAAGUUAUAAAUAGAUGGUUGAAUAAUGACAUAUAUGAUAUAUACUAUCCAGUUAUAAGGAAACAAUUAAUACAUAAAAUUAUUUGCUAUUUGGGAAUGCUAAUUUUGUUAUUUAUCACAUCCCUAGUUUUAUAUUUUAAAAAAUUUCACAUAAGUUUUCUCUUCCUGAUAAUUAUUUCCUUGUUUAUGAUUUUUGGAUAUGCACAAAUCUCUCUAUACUUAAAAAAAUUCUUCAGACAUGUUGUAUUUUACUUUUAUGAAGGAGUAGCUAAUGUUUUCGGAACUGAAGGGGCUAUUAUUUUCUCCAUUUUAUUCAUAAGUGUUACUGCAAUCUAUUUAUACAACUAUCACAUUGUGAGAAUUAAAAAUAAGGUUGCAAAAAAUACCAAAAAAAUAUUCCAAUCGCAAAACAUUAUGAACUUGUCAGGCAUGAAUGGGUUUAAAGAUAUGAAUUCAAACCCAAAGAUGAGAAUAUUCAAACCAAACAUAAUGAAAUAUCCAGAUUAUGACAAGGAUGGGAAAUAUAUUACCUCCAGCAUCCCCCAAGAUUACAAAUUGCAUAAUGAUGGAUCUCAGUUUAUGGACCUCAAAAGUAGGGGAAAUCGAGUAAACAAGAUGGACGACUACACGUCAUACAAUAACCCAAGUAAGUUUCAGAGGAGAUCUUACUUGGAUUAG